CGGGCGUGCGGGCGCCGGGGCACCGGGGCACCGGGGCUCUGGACACUGCGGGGCUGCGGGCUCAGCCCGGGACUCAGGGAGCCCAGGUGCGGGCAUCCCUGCCGGCCGCGAUCUCCGGGGUGCCCGGCUGGGACCUCCGCGCGGGCAGACAAGUUUGUGUGGCGGCGGCUGCGAGCGCGGCGGGACGGCACCCACUCAAGGUUUGCACGCUGAGCACUGGGGCUGGCUAGAGUGUGAUGAUGGGGAAGAUGGUGACCCUCGGGCAGAACUGGUGGCCGCACCCAGGGCCCGCAGCAUGGGGAGGAAGUGAUGGCACCUUGUGAAUACCCACAGACACAGUAGGUCGGGAGACACAGCAGGACCCAGGAUGCGAGGAUGACAACUCCCCAGGCCCUGGCCUCUAUCCUGCCCGGGUGAUAGGAGCCAUCCCCGAGCUCCAGCCGGGAGCCCUGCCGCCCAGGGGCAUGGCCAAACCUUUCUUCCGACUCCAGAAGUUUCUCCGCAGAACACAGUUCUUGCUGCUCUUCCUCACAGCCGCCUAUCUGAUGGCUGGCAGCCUGCUGCUCCUGCAGCGGGCACGAGUGGCCAUUUCGCAGGGUCCCCGUGCACCAGGUGCCCUGCAGGCCUUGCCAGUGGCCACGGUGGCUCUGGGUGUGGAUCUGUUGGGUAGCAGGGCCCUACAGGACCCCCGAAUCAGCCCAGACCUGCUGCUCAACGUGGACAUUGUACGGAGCCCAAUGCCCCGGGUGCCGCCACCAGGACUCCGCUGGCCCCGGAGAAACCGCAGCUCACCCAGGCGCCGCUGGUUCCACCGAGUCACCAGCGACCUCCAGCCACCACCCACGCUGGCCCCAGAGACCCCCGGGCCUGCUGCCCGCAGCCGAGGCACCUACCUUGGCUGCUUCAGUGACGAGGGCCAGGAGAGGACUCUGAAAGGAGCGGUGUUUUACGACUUGAGAAAGAUGACUGUGUCCCACUGCCAGGAUGCGUGUGCGGAAAGGUCCUAUGUCUAUGCGGGCUUGGAGGCUGGUGCAGAGUGCUACUGUGGGAACCGGCUGCCUGCCACGCGUGCCGGCCUCGAGGAAUGCAGCCAGGAAUGCAAGGGGGAGAAGGGCACGGCAUGUGGUGCCAGCGACCGGCUCUCCGUCUACCGUGUGGACAUGCUGCAGCCGAGCUCCCAGAAGCGGCGGACUGCUACCCACCGCGGGUGCUUUCGACUGCCGGAGAACAGCACCAACGCCUUCUCCGCCACGCUGAUCCAUGCCAAUGUGACGGUGGAGACAUGCUCAGAGUUUUGCUCCCAGAAAGAGUUCCCCCUGGCCGUGCUCCGGGCCUGGGAGUGCUACUGUGCCUACCCCACCGCCCAGUUCAGCCUGCGGGACGCAGUGGACAGCUCCCUGUGCGGCCAGGCCUCCAAGGCUCAGAGGCUGGAGGGCUACUGUGAUGUCUACCAGACGCCUGUGCAAGACACCCGGUGCACGGACAGGAGGUUCCUGCCCCACAAAUCCCAGGGGUUUGUGGCCUUGUCCAGCUUCCCAGGCGCUGGGAACACGUGGGCCAGGCACCUCAUUGAGCACGCCACCGGCUUCUACACCGGGAGCUACUACUUCGACGGAACCCUCUACAACAAAGGGUUCAAAGGUGAGAAAGAUCACUGGCGGAGCCGCCGCACGAUCUGCGUGAAAACCCAUGAGAGUGGCCGGAGGGAGAUAGAGAUGUUCGACUCAGCCAUCCUGCUGAUCCGGAACCCCUACAGGUCUCUGGUGGCCGAAUUCAACAGGAAGUGUGCCGGCCACCUGGGCUAUGCACCUGACCACAACUGGAAGAGCAAAGAGUGGCCAGACUUUGUGCACACCUAUGCCUCGUGGUGGUCCUCGCAUGUCCUGGAGUGGCUCAAGUAUGGGAAGCGGCUGCUAGUGGUGCACUAUGAGGAGCUGCAGCGCAGCCUGGUGCCCACGCUGCGCGACAUGGUGGCCUUCCUCAACGUCUCCGUGAACGAGGAGCGGCUGCUGUGCGUGGAAAACAACAAGGAGGGCAGCUUCCGGCGGCAUGGCCGGCACCCACAGGGCCUCGAGCCCUUCACUCCAGAGAUGAAGGAACUGAUCGACGGCUACAUCCGGACGGUGGACCAGGCCCUACGCGACCACAACUGGACUGGGCUGCCCCAGGAGUAUGUGCCCAGAUGAUGGCGCCAGGCCCGAGUCCCUGGACCCUGCUGAAAUCACAGUCACACCCCGGGGCUGCCCUUGCUCCAUGCGCUGGGCCCCUGUGCACAGUCUGCAGGGGGCAUGCUCCCUCACGUGCUACCACCAGUGCAAGGAGACCUGAAUGUAAAGCCUGUCUAGACAGAAACACGCCACAGGACAGAUGGACGUGCAUUCCUAGCCAAACACACUUAGGUAUCACUCCAUGCUCAUAGUUCCCACAUCCAUGUGCCUAAGGCAUCCGCUCAGGGUGUGCCAGAUGCUCUGAGCCUUACACAGAUGCACACACCCCACAGGGGCCUGGCUCAGUGCUUCCAGAGGCUUCUUGUUUUUCUUGUACACGUGUGUACACACUCGCCCUGGACCGUGGAGCCACAGCACAGACUUGCUCGCUGGGGCCCUUCACUCUAGAAUGUUGGGUAGGGACUGGCAUUUGUGCUCUGAGUAGUGAGGACCGUGGAGAUGGAGGUGGGUUCACACAAUGUUGCCAUUUUGCCAUGUGGCCUGACCACCACAUGUCUGACAUCCCAUAAAUGUGUGUGCUGGGGACUCCCAGACACUGCCAACGCUGCAGCCCUGCCUCUCUCUCAUCUGUCAUGGGCAGCAUGGACUCUGCCCCCUGCCCGGCCAGCAUGUACCUCAGCCCCCACAGCUUCAGCUCUGUGCACAGCCCUGCCUCCCUUCCACCUCACCCUGCCUCCUCCACUGAGGCCGUGACCUGGCGUCUUCCUCGGGGGAAGUCAGAGACUCCCUGCCUUGCCUGAUUGCAGGGUGUCUGCUGGACCUCCAUGGGAGCCCAAGACCCCAGGGGGUGCAUGCCAGUGGAAGGGGUGCAUGGGAGAUGCUAAAUGGCUGUGUUUCAGGAACCACUGAUGCUGCUUGUGCCACACAUGGACAAACUCCUGUUCCCUGGGGUCCUGUGCUGGUUGGAGAGGAGAAUGCAGUGGGUGACUCCAGGGGGAGGGGGCGAGGCCGUAGCGAGGCUUCUGCCUGACCCCUGACGGCACAGCCCUCCCUGUCAUUGUCCCUGGGGUUGCCAUCACAUCUGCCAGCUUACCCGUUUCCUUCACCAAGGAGAAGGGCCAUGCGGCACUGCUGGUCCUGUGCACCAGCCCGGGCAGGAGGAUGUGAGAGUCCCCUCCCCCACUCUGGCCCAUCUCAGGGUCUAGGGGUGGGGGAAGAGCGGCUGUCACAAGUGAAUCUGAGGAAGCCAUCCUGGGAGUGUGUGCUGGUGGCCUUGGGCGUGGGCACGGUGGCCAGGGCCUGGGAAGUGGCUCACCUCAGCUUCCACAUGGUCUUGAGGAGGCUAAGAAUUAUCCCAGCCAAGGGGUGAAGUGAACCACACACAACAGAGCUUCAGAGACCAGGGUGACCGGGUGCUCAUAGAACA